AUGUCUCGUUUCGAAGCUAAGAAGCCAUCAUUGUGUAAAACUGAACCAUUGACAAGUGAGAGUGUGAGGUCCACACUUUCUGCCUUGAAAAGAAUCCUAGCCUCAUGCUAUGGCCCUUCAGGGAGGCUGAAGCAGCUGCAUAAUGGCUUAGGGGGUUGUGUGUGUACAACCUCACAGUCCUCAGCUUUGCUUCGAAACCUCUCAGUCACCCAUCCAAUUCUAAAGGUCCUAACAGCAUCUGUGCAGAAUCAUGUGUCCUGCCUCAGCGACUGUGGCUUAUUUACAGCCAUUCUGUGUUGUAACCUGGUGGAAAAUAUUCAGAGAAUAGGCUUGACACUCACAAAGGUUAUUAAGUUAAAUAAAUACUUCUUGGGUCUGUGCACAAGUUAUCUUCAGUCUGAAGCCUGUAGUUGUCGAAUCCCAGUUGACUUCAGUAGUACACAUACCUUCCUAGGCUUGGUCCACAGUAUCUUAACCAGCAAGCCUGCCUGUAUGCUCAACAGAAGGGAAGCAGAUCACAUCAGUGCUUUGAUUUUGAAAGCUUUUUUGCUUACAAUUCCAGAAAGCGCCAAAGACCGAGUCAUUUUAGGGAAGCUUAUAAUUGUUCCCUUAAAGGGCCAAAGAGUUACAGAUUCUACUGUAUUACCUGGACUGCUGAUUGAAAUGUCAGCUGAAGUUCAACUAAGGAGAUUAUCACCAACCCAAAAGUCAAGUGCCCUCAAGGUGGCGCUCUUCUGCGUGUCUUUAUUCGGAGAUUUUUCUAAUGUUGGAGAAGGAACAGUGUCUCUUGAGAAUGCAGUUCUAGAGCAAUUGCUUAAUCUGGGAAGGCAGCUAGUUGGUGACCAGGUAGAUCUUGUCCUGUGCCAAAAAGUUAUGCACCCAUCUUUGAAGCAGUUACUCAGUGAGCAUCUCGUUAUUGCCAUCAACAGAGUUGGAGUUUCUCUGAUGGAACCCCUGAGCAAAGUGACAGGAGCAACACCUAUUGGUUCCCUAAACACAAUAGCUUCUACUACUUACGGAAGUAGAAAAGAUUUGUGCUCUGCAAGAUUUGGCUCCAAACAUUUUUUCCAUCUUAUUCCUAACGAGGCGAGUGUCUGCAGCUUGCUUCUCUGCAGAAGGAAUGACACUGCCUGGGAGGAGCUAAAGCUCACGUGUCAAACAGCAAUGCAUGUCUUACAGUUAACAAUCAAGGAACCAUGGAUUUUAUUGGGUGGUGGCUGUACAGAAACACAUUUGGCUGCUUAUAUCAGGUUUAAUGAGGCAGAAGACAUUGUCAUUGAGGAUGGUUACUCUAAAGCAGAACUCCGGAUUGCUACUGAAGCAUUUUGCAGUGCUCUAGAGUCCGUUGCUGGCUCUUUGGAACAUGAUGGUGGUGAAGUCCUCAUUGACAUGAAGAAUGGACACUUUUGGUCAGGUCCAUCCGAUUUUACUUCUGUUGUUAACUGACCUGAUAUGCUGUCAAGAUGUGGGUGUGGCUUGUACAAUAGCCAGGAAGGACUCAGCUGGUCUUUCUUAAAAAGCACAUAUUAUCCUUUUGCACCUCAAACCUGCCUUGCACGGGCUGCUGUGGGCUCAGCCAGCAACAUGACUGUGGACUGUUUCACUGCCAAGCUUAGUGGCCUACAAGUGGCUGUAGAGACAGCCAAUUUGAUUUUAGAUCUUUGGUAUGUCAUUGAAGAUAAAAACUAACGUAAGAGAUAGGCAUAUUUAUGUUACGAAACAAAAUAGUUCAGAUGUCUAAGAAAAAAUGGUUAUCGUUCCCUCCCAAAGGCCUGUUCUGUAUAGGUGGAGCAAUGAUUUAUGAAAGUAUAGACUUACCUACUUA